CCAGCCACGAGUAGAGAUAACAGAAUCUGUGGCUUGAGACAGUCAAGGGUCUCUCUGUUCCUUUGCGGUAAGCUCAUUGCGGCGACGGCGACGGUGAGAAGCUCUCGAUGGCCGGCAAUGUCGACGGUGGAGAAGUCCGAAACAAACAGGUGUUACUCAAGGACUUCGUCUCUGGCUUUCCCAACGAGUCCGACAUGCCCUUCUCUACUUCCUCUGUCAGUUUGAAGCUUCCGGAAGGUUCCAAUGACGUUUUAGUGAAGAAUCUCUAUCUUUCUUGUGAUCCCUACAUGCGAAACCGUAUGUCCAAACCAUUACGUCCUUCAUAUGUCGAUUCCUUCCAGCCUGGUUCGCCAAUAAUCGGAUUAGGGGUUUCAAAAGUCAUUGAUUCUGGGAAUCAAAACUUCAGAGAAGGUGAUCUAGUCUGGGGAAUGACUGGUUGGGAAGAAUAUAGUGUGAUCAGUUCGACAGAGUCUCUGUUUAAGAUACAACACACAGAUCUGCCUCUGUCCUAUUAUACUGGAAUACUUGGUAUGCCUGGUCUGACUGCUUAUGUGGGAUUUUAUGAGAUUUGUGCCCCUAAGAAAGGGGAGACUGUCUUUGUAUCAGCUGCAUCUGGAGCUGUAGGUCAGCUUGUUGGGCAAUUUGCUAAGUUGAUGGGUUGCUAUGUUGUUGGAAGUGCGGGAAGCAAAGAAAAGGUUGACCUGCUCAAGAGUAAGUUUGGUUUUGAUGAGGCUUUCAACUACAAAGAAGAAGCUGACCUAGAUGCUUCUUUAAAAAGGUAUUUUCCAGAGGGUAUCGAUAUAUACUUUGAGAACGUAGGAGGGAACAUGCUGGAUGCAGCGUUACUCAACAUGAGGGUCCAUGGCAGAAUCGCUAUGUGUGGACUGAUUUCACAGUACAACCUUGAUAAGCAUGAAGGUGUGCACAAUCUGUUCAAUCUCGUGAGCAAACGGAUUCGCAUGGAAGGUUUCCUGGUUCAUGAUCAUUACCAUCUCUACCCCAAGUUCAUAGAGAUGGUGAUUCCACAGAUCAAACAAGGUAAGAUUGUUUAUGUGGAGGACAUUGCUCAAGGCCUUGAGAGUGGCCCUUCAGCCCUCGUUGGCCUCUUCUCUGGCCGUAAUGUUGGCAAACAACUUAUAGCAGUUGCUCCACAAUGAGUCUGCAUCCUUUGAAUCAAAUAAUUCACUGUACGUAAUGUUUUAAGAAAGAUAUAUGGAGAAAAUAAUUACGAUGUGUGAUUCUGUGAAAAUAGUGCUAUAAUAAGGAAAUAGUCCAUAAUAAUUUGUAACAAGUCAGACAAGCAUGUGAGUGGGAACCUGCUUUGUUAUCUUGCUUCUAAAGUGAGGCAGAGGUUUGGCUUGGUAUUUGCAAUGUGUUUUAAAACGACAAGAUUUGGUUUAUUAUGAUUGAUUUAAGAUUUUGGUUAACAAUGUUUCUAAAGAUUUUGUUGUUAAUAAAGCAUAAAGAUAUUGAUAUUG